AUGACUAGCUCUAUGCUUCGAUCUAACUCCACGCCGCAAUUUCCCCCAUCAUCACCUCCCUUAUCGCCCGAUUCCAUCCAACCCAGAACGCCUACCCUUGCCCGAGAGGGAGAAAUCCUAUCUACGCGUGGGCAAUCACUGGCCAGGCUCAUACGCAGACGGUCUGUCUCAGUCCAGAGCCGAGAUGAUCAAGAUGGUGGCUUUCAGCAAGAUGAUUUGGUCACGCCCUGGGAACGGAUGGACAAAGUUCCUUUGGAGCGGGCCAGACGGUUGAUAGGCAAUAUCAAGCCAAUGUAUAAUUGGCAGUGGCACUACCGGGAUCCCGACACAUUGAAAGGAUUAUCCAAAAGUUUGCGGAAAUACUAUGAGCACAACAAUGAGUUGAUAGCACAAUACGUGUAUAUUGAUCGACUACUUGAUUCACCACUACCACAUCGACUUAUUGGAGAUUAUCACCACCAAUCUGAUCUAUUUGAUAACGACGCGGUAGUUAUGAGCGAGGGAGGGAGCACUGCUAGCGACCGUGCAGGGCCAAAGAAAAGCGGUAAAGUCAAACGCACUCCCCAGAAUCUCUAUCGAAUACCCGAUGAAAAUUCGCCUCUUUUGCCCGCGUCAGCCGACGAGAACGCUCCUUCCUCACCAGAGAUCGUGGCGAAACGACAUGAUUUGGUAGACAGCGAGGAUCGUAUUGUGACUUUAUCUAUAUACAUCAAUUUCGCAGCAAAUGUGGUUCUACUGGCCGCCAAAAUUGCGGUUAUGUCAAUGACGAAUUCUCUUUCGGUCCUCGCUAGCUUGGUGGACGGAAUAUUGGAUUUUUUGAGUACAGCCAUUGUCUGGGCCACGACUAAGCUCAUCAAGAACGACGACCGAUAUCGGUACCCCAUUAGCAGACGUCGGCUUGAGCCUUUGAGUGUCCUCGUUUUUGCGGUUGUUAUGAUAGUGUCCUUUGUCCAGGUUGCCUUGACCUCCUUGGGUCGGCUCGUAUCCACGGAGCACACCUUGGUCGAACUCUCCAUACCAUCGAUUGCGGUCAUGGCUAGCACCGUUCUAGUGAAACUGGCAUGUUGGUUGUGGUGCCGUCUCAUCAAGAACUCGAGUGUGCAGGCCCUAGCACAAGAUGCCAUGACCGACGUCAUCUUCAACUUAUUCAGCAUCUUGUUUCCACUAAUUGGUUCCCUCACACGAACCUGGUUCAUUGACCCCCUAGGCGGCCUUCUCCUCUCGGUCUAUAUCAUCUGGAACUGGACCGGAACUGCAGCCGAGCAUAUCAGCCACUUGACCGGCACAGCCGCAUCGGGGAUAGAUCACAGCAUCCUUCUGUACAUGACUAUGCGGUUUUCCAAAGCCAUCCUCAAUAUUCAGGAUCUGAAAGCCUACUAUGCUGGGGACCGGCUGAACGUUGAGGUGGAUAUUGUCUUCGAGGCCAAAACCAGCCUCCGUGAUAGUCACGAUAUCGGCGAGAGUUUGCAGUAUAUGAUUGAGAGCGUGCCGACGGUUGAUCGUGCUUUUGUCCAUGCGGAUUAUGACCCAUGGAAUAUUCCUAGCCAUAUGAAUCAGCGAGAAUCAUAA